AUGGGCCUCUUGUCACUCGGCACACCUCUUCCCUGGGCGGAUGCGAAACAAUACGCAGACCAUGUCAGGCAACAUGGUAUCACUCAGUUUUUAAAUAUUUGGGACCGUCUCAAGGAUCGGCAAGGGGAUGAACUGCUCUGGGGCGAUGAGAUUGAAUACAUGGUCAUCUCUCUCGAUGAGGAGAACAAGAAUGCUGUAUUGUCUCUCCGGCAGACUGAGAUCCUUGCCAAGCUACAGCCGUUGACUAGUGAAAUAGAUGCGAAUACCGAUAGCUCAGUCUCUGUCCCUACAUUUCAUCCGGAAUAUGGCCGGUACAUGCUCGAGUCUACCCCCGGCUCACCCUACACUGGUUCCAUUCGUGAUCUCCUUUCGGUAGAGUCCAACAUGCGAUACAGACGAAAUCUUGCUCGCAAACACCUGAAGCCCAAUGAGAUCCCUAUCACAUUCACUUCGUUCCCUCGUUUGGGCGUCCCUGGAGUCUUCACCGAACCACCAUGCGAUCCUGCCGAUGCGACGUCUAGUCACAGCCUAUUCCUACCGGAGGAGAUCACUAAUCCUCACGUACGAUUCCCAACGUUAACGGCAAACAUCCGGACGCGAAGAGGAUCAAAGGUUGCUAUAAACCUUCCGUUAUUCAUAGAUGAGCGUACACCCCGACCAUUCGUGGACCCCACUAUUCCGUGGCAGCGUAAUAUAUAUCCCGAAGAUCCCGAGGCAAGAAAUGGCGCUGCUUUGAACGACCAUAUAUACAUGGAUGCCAUGGGCUUCGGCAUGGGUUGCUGCUGCCUACAACUGACCUUCCAAUCCUGCAACGUCCAAGACGCAAGACGAAUGUAUGACGCCCUCGUCCCAAUCGGACCUAUCAUGCUCGCCUUGACUGCAGCGAGUCCUUUGUGGCGCGGGUAUAUCGCUGACGUCGAUUGUCGCUGGAAUGUCAUCGCAGGAUCAGUGGACGAUAGAACAGAAGAGGAGCGCGGUCUCAAGCCCUUGAAGGAGAAUAAGUUCAGGAUUCCCAAGUCUCGUUACGACAGUGUGGAUCUGUACAUCUCAGAGGAGUGGAUGAACCGACCUGAAUACAACGACACCGAUGCACCUUACGAUUCAUGUAUCUAUGACCGUCUGCGAAAGCACGGUCUUGACGAUCGUCUGUCCAAGCACAUAUCCCACUUAUUCAUCCGUGACCCUAUCGUCAUCUUCUCCGAAAUGAUCGACCUCGACGAUAACGAGAGCACCGAUCAUUUUGAGGUUAGACCCCCCUCCGCUCCACCAUCUAACAUCCAAUCCACCAACUGGCAAACCCUCCGUUUCAAACCACCUCCGCCCAAUUCUCCCAUCGGCUGGCGUGUCGAGUUCCGUACCAUGGAAGUGCAACUCACUGACUUUGAGAAUGCCGCCUUUGCGGUAUUCAUCGUUCUGCUCUCACGUGCCAUUAUGAGCCAGAAUCUCAAUUUCUACAUUCCUAUAUCUAAGGUGGACGAGAACAUGCACAGGGCGCAGAUCCGCGACGCCGCACACUCGUCCAAGUUCUUCUUCCGAAAGUCUAUCUUCCCCCCUGCGUCUUCCAGAGCAUCCACUGCUUCGUCCUCAGGCAAUGUGACCCCCAUCGACGGUGUUAAUGGUAUAAACGGACAUGUGCAUGGAAAUGGAAAUGGAACCGGAAAGAAAGAGCGUCACUUGAGGAAUUGUUUCCCGCCGAUCCCACCGCCUGAGGAAGGCCUUCCGAACGGAUCUGUGGAGGCGGAGUAUGAGGAGAUGACCAUGAAUGAGAUUAUGAAUGGAAAGGGUGACUCGUUCCCUGGAUUGAUUCCUCUGGUGGAGGAGUUCCUCGGGACUCUGGACGUGCAGGAGCCUGAACGGGAGAAGUUUGCUUCCUAUUUGAAUCUCAUCCGUUCUAGGGCGAACGGUUCACUGAAGACGCCGGCGACGUGGCUAAGGGAGUUCGUGAGGUCCCACCCUGCGUAUAAGUUUGACUCGGUGGUGAGCCAGGAGAUUAACUACGAUCUCAUGGUUGCCCUGGACGAGAUCGAACGAGGUGUUCGAUCUGCACCCGAUGUCCUGCCCUCAGACUACAAAGGGGGCGAAGCUGACCAGGGCUCCCUCGAGAAAUACUAG